CUAGGUUGACAUGUGACCACGCGUUCACCUUCACCAGUCAGUCCCUCCCGCACCCAACCACCACACCACCACACACGGGGACAUGGCUUUGGCCGCCGCUCUCGUUCGCGCCGCCGCCCCUAUGCUCCUCCGCGGCCGCGAGGCACCAUGCUCUGCGCCGGCCCUGCAUCCCCGCCGCCUUCUAUCAUGCUCCACCACCUCCGACGCGCCCCCUCCCCCCGCACGGCCGCUGGCGUCGAAGCUGGCCGAGCCUGAGUCCCAGCUGCCCUGGAGGGAAGCGCAGGCGGAAAUCCUCCGCGACAUCGAACCCGUCGUGCAGCUCAUCAAGGAUAUCCUCCACUCCGACAGAUAUGGAGAUGGUGAAUGUGUUACUUCAAAGGACGAAAUUAUUAUUGUAGAAAAGCUUCUUGCUUACCAUCCACGUGCAGAAGAUAAGAUUGGUUGUGGGCUUGAUGCUAUAAUGGUUGAUAGACACCCACAGUUCAGGAAGUCAAGAUGCCUCUUUGUUGUUCGCACGGAUGGCGUAUGGAUUGAUUUCUCAUACCAGAAGUGCAUCCGUGAGUACAUCCGAAAAAAGUAUCCAUCGCAUGGAGAGAGAUUUAUACAAGAACAUUUCAAGCGAACCUGAAGGAAUAAUCUCUAGAGGAUGUGUGCAUGGAAAAAAAAACUGUUACCACACUUACAAGGUUUAAUGCAAGAAGACAAAAGAUUUCAGAGGCAUAUGCCAAACGUAUUCUCGGAACUGAAUUAUAAACGGCAUAAUUCCCGGUAUUGGUUCAGAACUAACAGUGAUGGUGAAACAUGCCAAGAAAAGGAGGCCACUGCAUAGACAAGUUCGUUGCAUUGUUCAUGCUUUUUUUUUCUGGUAGACUCGCUGAGUUACACAGCUCUGCUGCACGAAGAACUUCAAAUAUCAAUCUAGAGCAUAUCAGCCAAUAAAAGGAGACCAAAUUGGAGACCGCAAUGGCGGCCAGAUGCAGAACUUCAAAUAUCAAUCUAGAGCAUAUCAGCCUCGUCAUCUGAAUGAAACCCUUCUGUAUGCUGAAGUACGAUCUGGAACUUAUGAUGACAGUCUUCACUCUACUUCAAAAGUCCAUAUGUUAUUGACUGAAA